GAUUACGUUUAUACAAAAAAAAUAUAUAUAUAAAGGAGUAGAAAGAUCGACUUUCAUUGUCUGGUUCUUGACUUGAUGAAGUAUGGAGAAGACCAAAGUAGACAGAUUGCAUGAAUGUAAUUUCUGUGGUAAAGUGUUUAAACAGAAAGGCAACCUAAAGCGACACGAAAUAACACAUACUGGUGAACGCCCACAUAAAUGUGUAAUUCGUGACAAGAGAUAUACCCGCAAAGAGCAUUUUCAAGAACAUUUAGGAUCACAUUUUCCCAAGCAGCCAGGAAAGAUUCUUUGCAAUCAUAUGAAAAGUCAUUCAAAAAAAUUCGAGUGUGAAAUAUGUCAACGGGAAUUUGGACGCAAAUCUCAUUUGACCACACAUUCUAUCACGCAUACAAACGAAAAGAGAUUUCACUGCAGGAUUUGCGAAACGAAGUUCAAGCUAAAAGGAAAUUUGGACAUGCAUAUGAGAAGGCACACAAAGGCAUAUCAGUUUAAAUGUGAAAUAUGCGGUGUUGGUAAAGUGGUACAAUCUCAGCUGGAUAUACAUAUGCGUAAACAUACGGGUGAAAAACCGUUCAGUUGCAGCAUUUGUGAUAAGGCAUUUGCUACAAAGGGACAUUUGAAUUUGCAUUUGAAAAAACACGCAAAUGAAUACAGAAUCAAAUGUGAGAUAUGUGGUGUUGGAAAAGUACUAAAAUCUGAGCUGGAUAAGCAUAUGAGUAAACAUUCCAAUGAAAAACCUUUCGGUUGCAAGAUUUGUGGGAGGUCGUUCAAACAUCAAAGUAAUCUAAGGACACAUCUAGAAGCAGUUCAUUUCAAUGACAAGCGCUAUGAAUGUGAGAUAUGUGAAAAGAGGUUUGCCACACGAGGAUAUUUGGGAAAACAUAUCAAAACACACGCUUAUUGAGUAUUCCAACGCAGGGAACGAUACAACUCAACGUCACAUUACAAUUGCUGUGUUAAGAGAAUCAAGGCUUCGCAUAGUCAAUAGGGAUUUAACACAAACAGCAGAUUAUAAAUAAUGCAUGUCCUACCUUGUUUUUCUAAUUAACAAGACAUUGAAUCGUUUCAGCUUGUUCAUUGCAUAUGCUUUUUACUUACUAUCAAUAUUGUGAGUUAGGACUUGACCUAAGUUUUUUGUGCGAUAACUUAUGUGACUUUCAAACUAUUCGAAAAAUAUUACACGUUCUGUUUCGAUAUAAAUCAAGUUCAGAAAUGAUAGCUGAAUAAUAGGUAAUCCAUAGUUAAAUUUAUUGAGUGAAUUCUGCCGGGCUUCGUCUUUAGUGAGUGCAUGCACAACUAGUAGGUGCAAAGUAUGUAUACUUUCGUAUUACG